CCAAAGAAAUAUGUUUCCCGCCUGGUAUGUAAAAAUCAAUUCUAAAAUAAUUGUGUUAUAAAUUUAAAACAAUAAAGCAGUAAGAUACAAGGAACCAAGAUGAAUACUUCAUAAAAUAUUAUUGCCGAGUUACAAAGAUGUAAUAUGACAACGUUUAUAAAAAUUAACAAUCAGAUACAGCUAUAAAAGAUUGCCUAUUUUUUGCUUUUCAUUGUACACUGUACUGUCUCUAAACAACAGAAACGGAGUCUUUUGCAGAUAGUUGGUAUGUCAGGAAAUCAGUAAAAACUUUUCGAAAUGUAAAUUAUUAUUUCUGUGGUUUCGUUCUCCAAGCUGGCUGGUCUAAUUGGGAAGCUCCCGUUGUUCUUCUAAACGACAUCAUCAGGAUAGACCUCAAGCGGAAGUGAGGCAUUUGAAUUUUUCCAUAUAUGACCGAAAGAUUGUCCUGCCGAUCUUGCGGAAACACUAGCUAUACAUCUGGAUAAACCAGAAUUAUGUGUCCAUAAGAAACUAUUACAACCUCUUCUACCACGGUCUUAGUUUCUCGUAUCUUUUCUUUCUUCAUACCUUUCUUUUCUCACAGCCAUCUUCUUUCCCCUUAUCUUGAACAUAGAACUUUUCCCCCAUCCAUUUCUGUUUCUAUGAUCCUCUUGAUUACAGUUCAUUCCAACUUCAACAUUUUAUCAUGUUGAGUCUUCUCUUCCCAGUUAUAAUUUCCCUAUAUAUCUUCAUAGUAAUUAUUCAAGCUCUUAAAAAAAUUAUCAUUAGUUUCCUUAAUGAAAAUAACGCUUUAAUCCCUUUGUUUAUUCUACCUGACUGUUAUCAUGUUUAGCAGAACUUUUAUCACAACUACUGUAGUUAUUUUCAUUUUUUUUUAAAAAGAUUCAGUAUAUAUUUGUGAUUUUAUAGCUUUGAAAAUGAAUUCGCCGAAAAAGGAACUCUUCGCUGAACCAAUCUUAUUUUGUCUUCAUCUUAUUGUUAGUAACAUUAUCAACAUUAUUACUGAAGCUUCCUUACUCGAACACUAUUGGUUAGUCCAAAUUUUACAGUGGACUAUCAUAUGCAGUCUUUACUUCAAGCGUAAUACCUCAGCACCACCAAUCUCUUUAUUUUAUCUAAUCGUAAAACCCCUAAAUGUUUGUUUUCCCGGUUUCUGGACUAAGGCAUGACGUUAUAUAAAGCCGUUGAUCUUCAUUUUGAACCGUAUAGUGGGAUGCGAACUUCCUGGUCGGGUUAUGUGACAUAACUAAAAGCAGUUACUGGCUUUCUUCCGUUCUACUGAUUUACAGUGUAGCAAGUUGAACCAUUACAUAUUUAUUCUAGGUUCGUUGUUUAAGACUGUGUCCGUUGAUUUGAAUGAACUAGUUCACAUACGUUUAUUUUAUGUAUUCGUAACGGUGGAAAGUCAUUUGACUGUUACUUGUAAUACGAUUCUAAGGUUACCGUGUAUUCUUACUCAUUGUCCUAAUUAUCUCGAUUUUCUUCAUCUAAUAAUAUAAUUACAUGAGUUAUUCCCUCUGAGCUCUAUAGACGAGUUGAUUCUUUUUACCAUGGAUGCAAGCGUCUUUCAGUAUGUAAGAUUUGAAAUUCAUGUGCAUCAUUUUUUUGUUUAUUCAUAAUUCAAACGUUCUUAGUAACAUUUCGACGUUUUCUAUUAUUUAAGAGAUGAUCCGUAUAAUGCUGAGGUGUCUCUGGGCCCAUGACGGGGAUCUUUUAGUACUAUUAUUUCCUAUGCUUAAAGCUGCAAGAUUAAACCACACAUUUCCUACCGACGUAUUUUUUAUGGAUAAUGUUCUGUUGUCUCCUUCUCUUUGUCGUUGGCCACGGCAUGUUGGGAAUUUGGUUUAUGAGCAUCCGGAAACUGCUGUUUAUGUCCGUAUUGUAAAACGAGCCCAAUGUUUACACAAUAUCGUAGAGUUUAUCCGUCAACGCAAUGAAGUGAGCAAUUCUGCUGAUGUAAAUAAACCUCCAGAACCAAAGUCCACAACUAGUGAUGGUGAUCUGAUUGAUGAUGCACAAUCAGAUGGUGCACUUAAACUUGCCACUGUGCUUCUUCAAGCAGCUGUUAAUGGAAUAUACGAUAUGAGUAUGGCAAUCACACCUCUAGGACUAGAGUCCAGAAGUGGAAUCAGCAGUAACGCAGUUCGACUACCCGGCCUAAGACAACGUUUAGAAAGAAAAGAAGGUCUCUUCCGUAUGCACAUGAUGGGAAAACGUGUUAAUUUCGCAUGCCGUUCUGUUAUUAGUCCGGAUCCGAAUCUCAGUGUUACGGAGGUUGGAGUACCGUUAUUUUUCGCAUUCCGUUUAACAUUCCCAACACCAGUAACAAAAUUCAAUUUAGUUCAUUUACGUCAAUUAGUAAUGAAUGGACCAAAUAACUAUCCAGGAGCUACAAGUAUUCAGUUUUCAAAUGGUAUCAUUACUAUGCUGCCGCCAAAUGAUACUCCACAGGCUAAAAAAAAACGUGAAAUGUUAGCUUUGCGGUUAAAACCACUUAUUUCGGGUAAAGAUAACAUACCUAUCGUUGUUAAUCGUCAUCUACUUGAUGGUGAUAUGCUUAUUAUGAACAGACAACCAACCCUUCAUCGGCCUUCAAUGCAAGCACAUCGUGUUCGAAUAAUAAAGUGUUCUGGAGCAAAAACUCUCCGAUUACACUAUUCAAAUUGUAAAGCUUACAAUGCAGAUUUCGAUGGGGACGAAAUGAAUGGUCAUUUUGUUCAAAGUUAUGCAGCAAAAGCUGAACUUGAAACAUUAGCUUCUGUUCCACAUCAAUAUUUAGUACCUAAAGAUGGAACACCACUUGCUGGGCUUAUACAGGAUCAUGUUAUAGCAGCAGUUAAAUUAACAAUGCGUGAUCGGUUUUUCGAGCAUGCUGAUUAUUUGGAUCUUGUUUAUCAUGCUCUUCGACCUUUAUUUGCUAUAAACAGACAAACAUCUUCGGGCCCACCAUCUAUUAUAACAGUUAAGCCUGCAAUAUGUUGGCCGAAAUGUCUCUGGACUGGAAAACAAGUUAUUUCAACAUUGUUAAUAAAUCUCACACCUUCAGGUUUAUUACCACUAAAUGCUACCCUUUUAGGUCGACGAACUAAAGCUGAACUUUGGUCUGGAGUUGCUCCCGGUGAACCAACACCAUUAUCCGAUGUAGAUUUAGUUAUAUGUGAUGGUUAUCUUGCAUCUGGCAUGUUAGACAAAUCACAUAUCGGUUCAAGCAGUACAGGUUUGAUACAUUGUGUAUAUGAAGCAUAUGGUCCUGAAUCUGCUUCAUGUUUAUUAAAUGGGAUUAGUUUACUAGCCAAUAGGUUUUUAAAAUUCAUUGCCUUCACAAUGGGUUUGAAAGAUAUUUUACUUUCACAUAGAGCAGAUGAAGAAAGACAACGUCGUUUCAGCAAUCUUAAAGAUCUUGGCCUCUGUGCUUUUGCAGACACAUUCAGUUUAAAACCAGACGAACUAACCGAACAUAAUGUGAAACGUUUAUAUCGUCAUGCACAAUUCCCUUCAUCUACUGACCAGUCUUCUCAAAAGCGUCUUGCUCAGUUGGACAUGGCAAUUAAAGAUCGACUAAAAAGGGCGCAAGAUGCAGUAUGUGACUCUGCGAUCCCAGGAGGCUUAUAUGUCGGUUUUCCAGAGAAUAAUUUACAACUCAUGGUUCAUGUUGGUGCUAAAGGUGGUAUGGUUAAUGCUCAACAAAUGUCUGUCGCUCUUGGUCAGAUUGAAUUAGAAGGUCGUCGUGUCCCACUAAUGCUAAGUGGCAAAACACUACCUUCAUUUCCACCUUACGAUGUUCGUCCACGUGCUGGUGGUAUGUGUACUGCUCGAUUUCUCACUUCACUACCUGCACAAGAGUUGUUUUUCCACUCAAUGGCAGGUAGAGAUGGUCUUGUUGAUACAGCUGUAAAAACUAGUCGAUCAGGUUACUUACAGAGGUCAGCUAUUAAACAUCUAGAGGAUUUAAGCAUAAGUUAUGAUGGAACAGUGAGAGAUUCAGGAUCUAAUAUAAUUCAAUUUCGAUAUGGAGACGAUGGAGUGGAUGUAUGUCAAGCUGGAUUUUUACAACCUAUUGGUUUACAUUUCUUUGCUGAUAAUGUAAAUCUAAUGAAAAUGCGUUGGCAUUCUGAUAAAAUCAAUACUGACAAUCCAGCAUAUGCUCAUUUGUUUGAAAAAAACACACUUCCUAAACCUAUACAAAUAAUGGCAGAUCAAGUUGGUGUUAAGAGACAAUGUAUUCUACAUAAAACUGUAUCAAAGCAUAAACUUGUCAAGCUUCUCAACAGUAGUAAGAUGGCUCAUAAAGCAUUAAAACUAAUGGAAACAGAAGAGAAAGCAUCCGGAAAAGAUAAGAUAAUGAAUGAAAUAAUCCCUGAACCACCAUGUGCUACAGCGGCUGAACUAAGAGAUUUAUGUUUAGCCAAAAUUAUUAACGCUCAAGCACCACCUGGUGAUCCUGUAGGUUUAUUGGCUGCACAAUCAGUUGGUGAACCUUCUACUCAGAUGACAUUGAAUACUUUUCAUUUUGCUGGACGUGGUGAAAUGAAUGUAACUCUGGGAAUACCACGCUUACGAGAGAUCCUCAUGUCCGGAUCAUCCAAUAUAAGUACACCAUGCAUGGAAGUUCCUAUAUGGCCUACCAAAGAAGCUCAACAACUUAGUGAACAAAUAGCUAAGAAAUUUUAUAAACUGAAAUUAUCUGAGACUUUAAAAUUACCUAUUGGUCAAAAAGUGAACUAUGUAUCCGAUUCGUGUACAUUUGAAUUUAAUUUACAACCGAAAUCAGUCUAUUCUGAUCAAAGUCAUGUAACACCUGUUCGUGUUUUACGUUUUCUUGAACGUAUUCUAUUCCCAGAUUUAGCUCAUCGUUUAAAUGAAGAAUUAAAAGAUCAAGGAAAAACUAGUCUUAUAAAAAGCUUUGCCUUAUCUGCUAUGGCUCGUCAGCAACAAGCUGGUCAAAAUAAAAACUCGGAAGAACCAGCUGAGGAUGCUGAUAUUGUGAAUCAACCAGGUAUUGGUCGUACUCGUGCACAAGACGAAUGGAAUGAAGAUGAUGGACAUGAAGCUAUCAGACGCCGGCGUCUCGAAGCAAAUGCCGAAGAGGAAGAUAUUACUGGUGGUGAUAAUAAUCGUCGUAAAAAUGGAUCUGAUCUGGAUGAAUUGGUCGAUUUAGACUUAGACGAUGAAUAUGAUGCUGAAGCAGCCGAACUACAUGAAAUUGGACAAGAUCGUGAGAAAGAUGACGGUGACGAUGAACAACAAGACGAUAAUGGUAAAUGGCCUUGGAAUGAAUUAUCUCCAUCAAGUAAAUUAAAAAUGCUUCUUGGCAAUCCUUCAAGAUCUGAACAUAAAACAACUACUUCAAAAGGUACAAAUUCUGAUGAAUUUAUCCAAUGGACUGGUGAUCCUGAAUUAAAUCAGUCAGAUGUAGAUGAUGAACGGGAAUUAAUCCAAGAAAAUAUGGAACGAAAUAUAGAACAAGAGAAUGCUAUAAGUCAUGAUGAAGCUCGCAAACGGAUAACGUUUGUUACCAGCCUGCAUGCUCGUUUCAGUGGUUACGAUUUCGACAGAAAAAAUUCAUCGCCAAAAUGGGCACGUCUUACAAUUUGUAUGUUCGAUCCAAACGAAGGACGUAUAUCUAUUGACCUAGAAACUUUAAUUAUGCGCCUUAUUAAUCGAAGCGUUGUAUCCUCGGUAUCCGGUAUCGAAAAGACCAUUAUUGAUCGUUCAAAACCAAAUCAAUGGAUGUUCCGAGUUGAAGGUAUAAACAUGAUUGAGAUGAUGCGUUAUCCACAAGUGUUUGAUUUGAGUCGACUCUAUACUAACAACAUCACUGUAAUGAAUGAAACAUACGGUAUUGAAGCUGCUCGGGCAGCACUUCAAAGAGAAGUAUCUGGGGUCUUUGGUCAUUAUGGGAUUCAUGUGAAUUCACGGCAUUUAUCACUAAUUAGUGAUUAUCUUACAAAAUUUGGCGUUUAUCAGGCUUUUAAUAGACGUUCAAUGAGUUCACAUCCAUCACUGCUUCAGCAAAUGACCUUCGAGACUGUUGCAAAUGUUUUAAAAAAUUCAUUACAAAAUGAUUCUAUGGACAAUUUAAUUUCUCCUUCUGCAAGUUUAGUUACUGGUCGAAUAGUUCAUUAUGCCGGAACAAAUUGUUUUGAACUACUUCAAAAGUUGGCUUGUUAAAUAAAAUACACAUUUUAUCAAUAAGAAUUCAAUAGAAUUUUAUGUGUACAGUCAUACCUUCAAUGAUUUCAUGUAUGUAUGUGUGUGUACAAAAUAUUUCCCAGAUUGAAAUUUAUGUAAAUAUAAAACAGGAAAAUAAUUGCAAUCGUCUUUU